GCCACGUCAGUGGUGUUUCUUGUCAAGCUGAAAAGUUAGAUGAUGCUUGAUUGAGACACGUAAACUUUAACCCAAUGGAAUAGGAUAUCUGUUCAUUUUUUAGGAAUUAUUAAAACUGUCACUUUAACAGCAUGAGGCACGUUUCGCUGUUAAUGUUGGCAGUGUACGUAGCGUAUAUAAACGCCACCGAAUUAACAUUUGAAUUGGCUGAUAAUGAGAAACAAUGUUUUUACGAGGACCUGGAGCAAGGAGAGAAGUUUGACAUUGACUUUCAGGUCAUUGCUGGGGGGAACUAUGAUGUUGACUGUUUUGUGACAGAUCCACUGAAUAAUGUACUGUAUCACGAACGAAAGAAGCAAUACGAUAGCUUUUCCCAUACAACAGCCAUGAAAGGAGUGUACAAGGUCUGCUUUAGCAAUGAGUUCUCAACCUUCUCUCACAAGACCAUAUACCUGGACUUUAGAGCAGGAGAGGAGAGACCAUUGCUGCCUGAUAUGAACAGUGCAACAGCUCUUACACAGAUGGAGUCAGCUUGCAUGUCUGUCCAUGAGAUUCUGAAGGUGGUUUCAGACUCUCAGACUUGGUAUCGUCUUCGAGAGGCUCAAGACCGAACCAGAGCAGAAGACCUGAACGUGCGAGUAUUCUAUUGGUCUAUUGGAGAGACCAUCAUCCUGUUUGUUGUCAGUAUUGGCCAGGUGCUAAUGCUUAAGAGUUUUUUCAAUGAGAAGAAAACAAAAGUUGCCACCAGUACAUAAAACCUUUAUAAACUUGUGUGCCUUUAUAUCUCCCGGAAGAUAAUCAGCAGUUUUAUCAGUUUUUUGCAGUUAGAACAGGUCCAACUGUGCCUGUAGCCUACCAGACAUGACUUGUUUUACUAACAAAAUGCCUUAAUUGGAGAGUUAUGUAUGAAAUUGUGUGCACAGGUGAAAAUUUCUGUUUAGUUGAAUUAAAUUGGUUUCUGUGUCGAAUUCUUGAAAAAGACGUUACAGUAAUGGGACCUGGAAUAGAAAUAAAGUUAUUUAUUUAGAUUUGUUUGGAAGGGGGGGUGUUACAGUAGUUUUUAGACUAUAUGACAAUACACUUUUAAGAUUACAUGUUCAAGAUUUUCCUUAUACUAUCGGGCUAAUAUAUUCAUCCAUUAGUCUAUCAUGGGCCAGUUGCAUAAAAUGCUUUGAAUAGUCAUAAAAGUUUGUCAUCUAAUUUUUUCUUCAAGACUAGUCAUGACUUCUACAAAUCUGUUACAUAAAAAAAGUAGAAUGAUAUAAUUGAAAUCUGAAAAGUAAGAUUAUUAGUCCUAACUAAUUGCUAGUUUGUGCAAUUAGUUUGUAAGAAGCAGUCUUUGGCUAGCGGCUAUUUUAUGCAACUGGCCCCAGGUUUACUAUAAAUUGUUUAUUAUAAUUUAAGAUUUACUUUUUUUAAACACUGUUACAGUUGUGCUAACCCCAUGCACACCAUUGCAGGUUUUGCCAGCUCUAAAUACAUGUGUGGAGUUUACAUCAUGUUUGUUAUGUUUCCUGACACUACUCAAAUGUCAGCUAAAUGUGCAAUUUGACACUGUUUUUCUAAAUAUAUUACCCAUCAGACUGCAUCAGUACUCUGUUUUUGUGCAGAAAAUCACCAAUGUUUACAUGUUUAAUAUCUUUUACUUUCUGAUAGGUUUCCUUUAGUUCAGUGGUAAGAGCAUUGGUUGUGGGUUCGAUUCCGGGGGAUUGCACAUACCUAUGUAUAAGUGUAUAAGAUAUUGCAAUGUAAGUCAUUUCGGAUAAAAGCGUCUGUCAAAAGCAUAAAUGUAAAUGUUACAAAAUAUGGCCCCUGCUUACUGCAGAAAGGAGUGAAAGGAGAUUAAUUUGUGAUUUUGAAUGAUUUGACUAAAAUAUAUUACAUUCAGUUGUUUAUA